GUUCAUGUGUGAGAGACUUCCACUAGUAGGUGCUUAGCUAUUUGGACUGGAGUGGACUGGAUAUGACAGUUCCUCGUUGAAGAUAAUAAGGAAAAAACGAUAUAUUCAGUAGCCAUGUGGACAUAUCUUAUUAUUUAGUGCGUGAUUCAUCCGAUCUUCAUGUCGCUUUAGCUUUGCUAAACAGAGAGUUUACCCACACUCUAUCCUUCUGACUCAGCAGACACUCAACCGUGAUUCCCUGUGAUAUCAGCCAGGACCAUGUCCAUGUUCAGCACGGGCAUCCUUGUGCUGACGUCUCCUCUCCACACCCUCCCCCUGCGCAUUGCACCGGUGCUCAGCUCCGCCGCUCAGCUUGUGGAGCGCACCCUGUACGUCCACCUCCACCCAGGGCUGAACCUGGGAAGUGGGAGCCAGCCUCGACCAGUUUUCAUUCCACCAGUAGUGGACCUAUCUACGCUCAUUUCCCGCCUUUACAGCAAUGCAGCUGACGUAUGCGGGCACCUGGAUGUGCGUGUUUUGCUGACUAAUGUUCGCGCUCAGUCAGCUGGAUGCAGCGGGACCACGGCCCCAAACUGUCCCUUCCCCACGCCACAAUCUCUGUCUCACUCCCCAGAGGUGUUGCUCACAGACUUUCCUCUGCAGGACCCAGGUCAGUCCCGUCAGGUUACGCAGUGUCUGCAGAGGUACACAGGCCACUGCUACGUCUGCAGCCCCAGCCUGCCCUCAGUGCUGCUUCACCCACAGCUAAUGAGCCUGCAGGAGAAAGAGGAAGGCCUGAAAGAGCCGGAAGAAAAGGCACAACCCUUGGAGACUUACAGUGACGUGGUGGUAGGCGGGACAUUUGACCGGCUCCACGGGGCCCACAAGACACUCCUCAACAUCUCAUGUCUAUUAGCCAACAGAAGGUUCCUUAUUGGUGUGUGUGACCAAGCAAUGCUGAAAAAAAAAGUGCUCAAGGAGCUGGUUGAGCCCUACUCUCUGCGAGCCCAGAGACUACAGGAGUUCCUGCAAGACAUCAAACCCUCACUGCAGGUGGAGAUCGUGCCCCUUGACGACCCCUAUGGAGUGUCUGUAGUUGACCCCUUGUUGCAGUGUAUUGUGGUUAGCGAGGAGACGAGGAAAGGAGGCGAGGCUGUUAACAAGAAACGCAUUGACAAUGGCCUUCCAGUUCUCGUCCUUCAUGAAAUCCAGUUGCUGAAAGAUGCCCACCACACUGAGGCAGAAGAGGAGAAGAUCAGCUCCUCCAGUCUACGCUCUCGUCUGCUGGGAACCCUCCUUACCCCGCCUAAAGACACAUCCCAACUCGCUCCACUUCCAUACGUUAUCGGCCUGACAGGAAGCAGCGGCAGCGGGAAGAGCUCCAUCGCCAGGCAGCUGGAGGCUUUGGGCGCCGUCCUGAUUGACUGUGACAAGCUGGGCCACGAGGUUUACCAGCCCGACACUGCAGCCUAUCACAGAGUGCUGGAGGAGUUUGGGUCAGAUCUUGUGAAUGAAGAUAAAUCCAUCAACAGACGUGCAUUAGGAAGGAAGGUUUUUGGAAACCAGGAGCAGUUAAAAGCACUAACAGACAUUGUAUGGCCUGAGAUUGCACUUCUGGUGAAGAACAGAAUCCGCCAAGCCAGAGAGGAAGGUAAACAGGUGUGUGUGUUGGAUGCAGCCGUUCUUCUGGAGGCCGGAUGGACAGACAUGGUCCACGAGGUCUGGGUCACCAUCAUCCCUGUUGAGGAGGCAGUUAUAAGGAUAACAGAGCGAGACGGCGUGACCUCCGAGGACGCCCUGCGUCGGCUGCAGAGUCAGUGGUCCAACAGCAAGCAAGUCGAGCACGCCAACGUGGUGCUCAGCACGCUGUGGGAGCCAGAGGUCACUAGGAAACAGGUACUGAAAGCUUGGAAUCUUCUUCAGAAGAGAAUCCAGCAGAAGCAAGAGGGACACAUGUUGUGACCCGUGCAUACAGAACAAGCAUGUGUCGGCCCAGGGACACGUGCACACUAAUGACUGAUCCACACAAGGAAAAACUGCCUUAGAAAGGAGUGAGAACGGUUGCUGUGCCGUCGCAGCAAACCCAACGCGCUCUCUCGCUUCUUCGACCAAGACUCCGUGCCUAAUUGACUUUCCACAGGUUUUUAAAAGUUUUAUCUGAAGAUGCUUAGUUGAAAGAUGGAGGGGGGAAAAUGAAUAAAUGAUCCCAAAACUAAAUGAUUUAGGAAUUUAAAAGCUGCAAUUCAUGUUCGGGAUUAAUUGUUAGCCAAAGAUUUUUAAUACCCAACAUUCACUAAUCCCAGAUCACUUUAAGACAAAACCUCUCAGUAAAUUCUGAUAUAUUUGGCCACCUGAUAAGUUCUGUCCUCUUUCCAUGUCUUCUCAGUAUAAAUAUGAAUGUAGCUUAAAAAGGAACUAAUGGCAAGGGAAUGAUCAGGUACUAUACUGGGAGAUUGUAUGAUUGCCACUGUUAAAUCAUAGGAUUAAAUGUUGUUUACGUUUGUGGUUUCAGGGUUGGGAGAAUAUUUUUAAAAAUUCACUAUCAAAUGACCUAUUAUAAAUAUGUGCAAUAGACUAGAAUAUUUUUUAAUAUCAGUGUAGUCAUGUUGAAAUACACUUUGGAAUUGACAAUUAGUGAAAUUAUACAUUGACUAAUAAAGGAAAAUGCAUAAGACAUAUGGAGGUAUUUUAGGCUGAUGUGAAAAAGCUGUUUGUCUUUGAAACAUUUAUAAAUUAAAUGUUUUGCAAUUGAAGAGCUCAUCUGAAGAUUUAAAUGCCCUCUAAACAUUGUUGAAAAAGAGAGCCAAAAGAGAAGGCAAAGUAGAAACUAAACUUAUGUGUUUAGCUUCUGAUAAAUGUCUUAUACUCCAGUAAAAGUGUAAACCAAUGUUUACAUAAUGAGGCUAAUGCUUCAUUGCUUUAGCUGUACAAGAAUUAUUCAAUGAAAUGUCACUUGUUCAGAAAUGUCAUCUUUUCAUUGUCUUGCAUGUCAUCUGGAAACUCGGCAGAAUACUUUAAUAAAAUGGUGUAACAUUAAA